UUCCCUUUUGUUGUUUUAUGACUGCAACCCCAAAGAGGAACAGCACAGUGGAACACCACCUAGUGACUUAAAAGAAAACUGCUGACCAAAAAGGGAAUAAUCUGGAGCUGAUUUAUAAUAGCGGAGCUCUGCCCGGUAACACAAUGGUAACAAUGCAGAGCUAACUCCAUCAUCAUUUCAAAACAUCACAGUUUUUCCAUGAUUUUGUCAGAAAGUAAUUUUAUCUACUUUUCCCUUGGAAAACUAACUGCCAUCCCUAAACAUUUUUUAAUAGAGCAGCAUAUCUAGGCCCAGAGCCUUCUCCACCGCACAAUGAAUAAAUCUUCACUUGUCACCACAGCUUUCUGCUUGGACUACCUACUGGACUACAAUCGCUCAAUGCAGAGUGGCCUGACUAAUCUGCCCAAUUUUAGCCAGCAAGGCCGUGACCAUCUAUUUAUUGGUGCCACCCAGAGGGAGCCUCAGCUCAUUGCCAUUCCUGUAACAGCAUUUUAUGCUUUGCUAUUUGUUUUUGGGAUUCUAGCUAAUGGGCUGAGCAUUCUUACCCUAAUGAGAAAUGGCCGCAUGAAAACCAGUGCUAUUCGUUUCUACCUGCUCAGCCUGACCUUAUCAGACAUCCUGCUUUUGAUGACCAUUCCUAUCACUCUCUACCGUUACUACUGGCAGUACUACCCAUGGCGCCUGAGCGACCCUGUGUGCAAGCUCUACUUCAUGAUUAGACAAGUUUACUGCAGCAGCACAAGUUGGACAAUUGUUGCAUUCACUGCUGAGCGUUAUGUGGCAAUAUGCCACCCAAUGUGGUCCAUUAGUGGACUUCGCCAGUCUCGUCUGCCUUACUUCUUGAUUGCCAUUUGGGUUUUGUCCUUAGGAAGUUCAACCCCUUUUGGACUUGUUUAUGGCCAAGCUAAUGCUUGCAUCCUGGACUACACCUCCACAUCUCCAGAUGGUGCCAUGUUGUACUCCACAGUAUGUGAGCUGCUUGAAACGGAGCCCUAUCCCAUCUACAAAGGUGCUCUUCAGAUGAGAGGAAUCCUCUGUUUUCUGGUGCCUCUAGCCUCCAUCUUCAGCCUUUACAUCCUCAUUUUUUGCCAUUUACAGCAGAACAGCCGCAACCGAGAGAAAAUGGGAUUGAGGCGGAUGGAAACGUCUCCACACCAGUCCGCAGACAAAAAAUCCUGUGGGAAGCUGCCAUUCUCAGAAAAGAGGGCCCUUCAGCUCAUGGGGGCUGUUAUUGUGGCUUUCUUUGUGUGCAACUUCCCGGACUUGGCCUCUUCCCUGAUGCAUGUCUACAUCAACAAGUGGUCCACAGCAGUGCACACCCUCUACAUCGUCCUCAAGUCUUACUUGUCUCUGCCACUCUGGUAUGUCAGUAGUGCCCUGGACCCGAUUAUCUUCUGCAUAUCCUCCUCAACAUUCCGCAGUGCCUGUCACAAGACUUUGGGGCCCAUCCUGCCCUCCUAUGGCAAAGCUGCCUCUGGAUCAAGGAGAGCAGACCCAUGGGUCAUAUGCGGUAGCUGCUGCAUGAAAGAAGAAAGUGCAGAAGGAGGAAGAGGUGGAAGCCGAGCCACAACCAGCCAUUUGAGUCGCAGAUCCACCUGGACACUCAACUCCUCAGUAAGGGAGCAGAGCGAGGGCACUGGAUUUAUGUUGCAAAAUGGAGAUCCCCAGCUCCUCUCACUGCGCACUCUCUAUGGAGAUGAAGUGCCAGAGAAGAUCUGACUGACUGGUUGCCUUGUAUUGUGUGUUCUGCAGAUAUGUCUGAAAUAAAAGCUGCCCCUUUCUACU